ACUUCGAAAUAGGUACACCAUGCAUAUUACAACAUCUAUUCUAAUGCGUAGGACUGAACUAAACUAAAGAAAAAAAGUGAGGGCUACUAACCUUGAUCAAGCUUUUGCAUUUGGUGACCAAAGUCGUGAAUUCUUCAUUAGAAAUAUCUGCAAAUAGUUCUUCUUUCAUAUAUUCAUCAGUGAUAUCUCCUAUCCCAAGAUAAUCUCGCUUAGCAAUGCCAUUCAGGAGUCCAAAAAGUUUUGUUGCGGUGGCCUCGUCAUCUGCCAUCUUGAUCAAGUCACAUGAUGUUGCGGGAUCAUCUCAAAAUAUGGAAUAUAAUGAAAGUAAUUGCUUCAUCCAAUAAGGAUUCAAUAUUCAUCUAAAAAAAUAUAAAUCGUGAAUCAAUGACAUUUUUGGGUAAGAUAUUCCUCAAAGAUUAAAUGGAAUAUAGACAGAACCAAUAUAUCUCGAUAUUUAUAUAUUGUUUACACCAAGCGAAAUAUUGGAUCAGGAGAUGAUCCCUAGCUCGACAGACACAGCGCAAAGCAGAGCUCGGAUCCGGGAAAAUGAUCGUUUUCAGUUUCAAUGCCUCCAAGCAACUCCCAGUUUAAUAGCUGAUUGGAAUUAAAAUAACGAACAAUUAUUUUAUCUGACACUGUCAAUAGUGCAUGAGACAAAAUGUACAGGAUGCGCAGGCCUCUUCUUUAUAUUCUUGCACAAAUAUCCAGGGCCAGGGGGAGUGCUUAUCAACAACAACACGGUCAACAGAUACACAGUUUUUCUCUGCCAGCAACUUGUUCAAGCAGUUUAACAGUUUCAUCCCAGAAGCUGGUCUUUUGUUCCAGAUGUUAUGGAUGCAUAUCAGGUUUUAAUUCCUGGAACCAUCAUGGAAAAGGAUUGUCCACCAUCAACGAGAUAAGGCCUGGAGUUCAUAACCCUCGACAGACGGGUGCAACGAUGGUGACGAUGAACAAAGUUGAUUCUGUACCAAAGAAAAAGAGACCUGUUGUUGGAAGUUGGCAGACAACGUCCGAAGAUGAGCUGUAUGAUGUUGUAAUUGUUGGAGGUGGAAUGGCAGGACAAGCCAUGGCUUGUGCUUUGGGUUUUGAAUCAUCCCUUGGUGACCAUAGGAUCCUGUUAUUAGAACAGGGAAAGAAACCUAUCCAGUUGAACGAGCUACCAUCUAAGUAUAGCAACAGAGUUUGUGCUCUCAAUCAUAACUCAGUCAAACUUCUUUCAGAUGUAGGAGCAUGGCGUCACAUGACCGAGAUGAGAGUUAAACCAUUUCGAAGGAUGCAGGUCUGGGAUGCUUGUUCUGAUGCCCUCAUUACAUUCAACCAAUCAGUCGACCUAUCGGAAGACCUCGCUUACGUUGUGGAGAAUGACAUCACAAAUGCUGCCCUCUCCAGACAGCUUCGAGAGGUAAAAGCCAACGUUGAAGUGCAGUAUGAGAAGAGACUGAACUCCAUCCAGAUUCCACCCCAAGGAUUGUUUGAAGAGGAGAGUUGGGCUCAGCUUCACCUCGAUGAUGAUAGCAUCAUCAAGACCAGGCUGGUCAUAGGAGCAGAUGGAGCAAGGUCUGGUGUCAGGAGACUGGCUGGACUCAAAGAGAUAGGAUGGGACUAUGACCAAUGGGGUGUGGUAGCUACACUUCAACUUGCAGAGCCUACUGAGAAUGUUGUAGCUUGGCAGAGAUUUCUCCCGUCUGGCCCUAUUGCAUUGCUACCAUUAACUGAUGAUCAGAGCUCUUUAGUAUGGUCAACCAGUAAAGAACAUUCCAAGGAACUAGUCAACAUGGAUGAGCAUGACUUCACAGAGGCUGUCAACAAUGCAUUUUGGGACGAUAGUCAUCACAACCAGUCUGUUGAUGCUGCUACUCAGUUGUUUGAAGGUUUGCUAUCGGCUGUUAAACCCGAUGGGUCGUCCAUCCGUCAGCUACCACCCAGCAUCUCUGGGGUAGAUGCGAGCAGUAGAGCAUCAUUUCCUCUUGGACUAUGCCAUGCUCCAAGGUACAUCACAGACAGGGUGGCUCUUAUUGGAGACGCAGCUCACAGAGUACACCCAUUGGCCGGUCAAGGUAUCAACCUUGGUUUUGGUGAUGUAACAUCCCUAACAAAGACACUAUCAGAGGCAGCCUCAAUGGGAAAAGAUCUUGGUUCUGUAUCCCAUCUUGAGGACUAUGAGACAGAGCGUCAGCGUCAUGUUCUACCUGUCAUGGGUACUAUAGACAUCCUCAAGAGACUCUACUCGACCAGUAAUCCUGCAGCAGUGCUUAUCAGGAGUCUAGGACUACAAGUUACUAAUGCUCUAGGACCCAUCAAAGACCGCAUCAUUGCUUCAGCUGCAACUUGACAUUUUGAGUCUAUUGAAUGAACUGAGCAUUGAAGUAGGACUGUGCUGAAACAACUCUUAGGCCCAAGAUACACAUACGUCGAAAGGUGGACCGAGGCCGGCCCGAAGGUGGCUCGACGUAUCUGUAUAUGCUCACUAUUUUUUACUGCCGAACCGGACUGAGUACACCUAAAAGGCGGCUUGACCACUGAAUUACAUGUAGAAAAAGGUAUAACAGCGAACAAUAGUUAUUGCUAACGAACAAUAGAAAAUGUCGACGUGAAAAGACAGGCACAAGUGUCACUUGAAUAGUCGUCCUGGAUAAAGAAUCUCAAAGCGUUUUGUCUACUUCUGGUGUAUGUGUAACACCACCCUAAUUAUAGACUUUAGACCGGUUGCGGAGGCUGCUUCAAACCGGACGCAUGUGUAUCUUGGGCCUUAGAUGGGCCAGUUAUGUAACUUACUGCUUUGGAAAAUGACUAAAUGAUAGCAUAUCAGAGGACGGUGAGAUAGUUUGAAGCAGAUUCCAAAACUAUUCAAGGAUUGGAUAGUUUCUGUGGAAGACCAUUGUGAAUUAUUGAGUAAGAAGUAGAAAUUGGACAAGAUAUAGUUUGUUAAAUCCUAAUUGAGGCUAAUCAGGUUAUGACUGCAAAUACUGUCUGUCACCAUUUCCUUUCUAUAGUAUGUAUUCCAAAAUGGGAUGCAACUUGGUAAAAUCUUCCUCACUUUUCUUCCAUUGUCAUUAAAAUCCUUUCCACUAAAAACACUUUCACUAUAACGCUUUUCACGACUUAUUGCUGGGGGCACUGCAAAUCUAAAGAUGUUUAUAGUACUUCAUGGAAAGCCUAUUACUAAAGGAUAAUUUUGGAAAAAUGUGUGUGAAAUUUAGUUUUUUAAGACAUGUAUGAAUCAAAUAGAAUGAUUUACAUCUAGGGCCAAUGUUUAACGUUUCAUCCAAAAAAAGUUACAUAGCUUAAUCCUCAAACCUGUGAAUCAAUUUGUAACUUCACCAUGUAGCUUUGGAUUACAGGUGCACACUACAACCCACAAUUUGAAAAUAUGUUCAACUUUUUUUAAUACACUUUUUUUUUAGUUUUGCCCUCUUAAUGUUAUAUCAUUAUAGUGUGAAUUUGACAUUGUUUUAAAAGAAAGGAUGUCAACUCUCAGUUUGCCUAUAUAGUAACUGGAAAUUUCAGUUUUUUAUAGAAUGGCUAUAACUUUGGGCAUUUGGAGAAUGUUGGAUGUAAUAAUCUUUCAAAUGUGUAAUACAGGCCACAGAAUAUUAUAGGCAUAUUCUGUGUUAUGAUUGGAUAAGGCAUGCAUGUGGCAGCUUAAGGGUUGAUAAAGACACAAGCUUAUGUCUGGUCAAAAAGAGAUUAAUCCACUCUCUUGAUUGCCAAGUGAUUUGUAUUUAUGGAUAACAUUUUUUUUAAUUAAAGAACAAAAAUUUGAUUCUAUAA